GCUCCACUCUGAACGAGCCUGGGCAGCGCUGCCUCCGUUAGGGUUGCGGCUACCGCCGGCCUUUCCCCCUCCUGCCUUCAUGGAACCUACCCCCGCCGGGCUUAUCCUUGGCAAGUACAAACUCGGCCGCCUUCUCGGCCGAGGCAGCUUCGCCAAGGUGUACCAGGCCCACUCCAUCACCGACGGCACUGCCGUGGCCGUGAAGAUCAUGGACAAGGCACGAAGUGUUGAGGCCGGCAUGGAGUCUCGGAUCGUUCGCGAAGUGACUGCCAUGCGGAGCCUUCAGCAUCCCAACAUCCUCAAAAUCUACGAGAUCAUGGCCACUAAAUCCAAGAUUUACUUGAUUAUUGAGUUGGCCAAAGGAGGCGAACUCUUCACCAAAAUCUCUCGCCGUGGGCGCCUCACUGAGGCAGCGGCGCGCCGUUACUUCCAGCAACUGGUAUCGGCUCUCUUGUUCUGCCACCAGAACGGCGUGGCUCACCGCGACAUGAAGCCGCAGAACCUUCUCCUGGACCAGGACGGUAACCUCAAGGUCUCCGACUUCGGGCUGUCCGCGCUUCCGGAUCAACUUAAGAACGGACUGCUCCACACCGCUUGUGGCACGCCUGCGUACACGGCGCCGGAGGUCGUUUCUCGGAAAGGCUACGACGGCGCAAAGGCGGACGCGUGGUCUUGCGGAGUCAUACUUUUCGUCUUUCUUUCUGGCUUUCUCCCGUUCGAUGAUAGUAAUCUCGUGACAAUGUACCGGAAAAUCCAUCGUCGGGAUUACCAGUUUCCGUCUUGGAUCUCGAGGCCGGCGCGAUCGGUAAUAUCACAGUUGCUCGAUCCGAAUCCUAAUAAAAGGAUGAGCAUCGAAGCGCUGAUGGAAUCUGCCUGGUUCAAGAAAUCUACGCCGGCGAAAAAACUUGAACAUGCAAGUUCGUUUGAUUCAGACAUGGAAUCAAUGAAAGUUUGUGAAUAUGGUUCAGCGCCGCUAACCAUGAAUGCUUUCGACAUAAUAUCGAUGUCGUCUGGGUUGGACCUGUCGGGGCUUUUCUUCGAAGCAGCAGCGAAUAAGAAGGAGAAGAGGUUCAUGUCGAGGGCAUCAGCAGAGAUAACUGUGGAGAAGAUGAGAGAGGUUGGUGAGAAAUUGGGAUACGGUGUUGAGAGAGGGAAGGUUGGAAGUACAAGGAGGGAGGCGGGAAGGGUGGUUCUGUUGGUCGAAGUUUCAGAAGUUGCUCCAUCAUUGUUACUAGUGGAGGUGCAGGUGGUAGACGGAGGAGAAUUUGAGUUGAAAUGGGAAAUUGUGAAAGCUGGGCUUGAAGAUAUAGUUGUUUCAUGGGAGGGUAGUGGGAUGUAGAUGAGUUGGAGCAGCGUUCAGAUGGGGAGUUGUGAAAGCUAGGCUUGUAGAUACAGUUGUUUCAUGGCAGAACCGCGGGAUGUAGAGGAGUUGAAGCAUUGUUUAGAAGGUAGUUAAUUGGGGAUUUAGAAAUUAAUGCAGAAUUGGUUGAAGGGGAGUAGUUCUUCACGGCAAAUAGCAUAUGGGGAGCAUUGCUGGAUGAAAUUCGGUGUCCGGUGGUGAAUUUAACAGUGGUUCUCCGAGGGUGGGUUACAAGCAUCUUGUUUGGUCAUCAGAUUGGUUGUUUAGCCAUAUUCCUGCAGAUGAAACUUGGAACAGAUUCUGUAAAAAAAAAAAAAAUGGAAGGAUUUUGCUUUUCUCCUUUUUCUUCUAUCCCAGUUGGUGGUGUAUUCUCCUAAUUUAAUAAAUAUAAUAUAUAUGGCAAAAAUGAACUUACCGCUUAUCAGGCUCA